AUGAGCCGUGAUUUGAGUGACGAAACCUUCCCGGGCGGCAGUCUGCUGAUCGGGUUCGACGAGUUAAGUGACGAAAUCUCGGUCAGCCCGGAGCUACCGAAGCGUCACCAGCAGGCCGAGUACCAGCAGCGGCCCCACUCGAAGAAGAAGGAGCCCCUUUCCGGCAAAGCGACCGGUGAGUCCGAUCGUAGAUCAGACGAUGGAAAUGGCAUGGUGGUGUCUGGCUCGUCCAAUAGUUCCAGCGGCCUUUCGUCGCUUUCGACCGAGGGCGACACCCGGAGUGCGUCGAGCGAGCGCGACACGAGCCGCGAUCGCACGAAAGCCCCGAAGGAAGAGGAUUCGUUCGACCGAUCGGCGAUCGGUGGCGGAGUGCCACUGAACGACAGGAGCAAGUACCGCCAGAUGCGCUCGUUGGAUAAUCUGCUCGACAACCGGCAACCCGGGAGCGGCUCCGAGCGGCUGAAGACACCGCUAACGCAAAACCGCAAGAAAGGAGGUGAUCCGGUGCCGGCCGACAGUGGUCGGAGUGGCGGAAGCAACUGGAGCAGUGCCCAGUAUCACCGUCACCGGCACAAGUAUGGGCACGUGCAGAGCAAGGUAAAGCAGCAGAUCGACCAGCUGAAGCCCGCGAACCAGGACCGGAGGACGUUCGUGCGGCACAAAUCGAUGCCCGAGACCUACGACGAUCAGCCGCAAGUGCAGGCCGUACCUCUGGUGGAAAAGGAUACGAGCGUCGAGACCCUUCGAACGCUGCUGCGCGAGACGAAGCUCCAGGUGAGCAGUCUGGAGCAGCAGCUGGCACUGCGCGACCUGUACCAGAGCAAUCUGUUCAGCGAGAUGGCCGCUCUAAAGUACAAAAACAGUGCGCUCCGGCUGGAGAACGAUAAGCUGGUCGAGCAGGAGCGGUUCCGGGACCAACAGCGGCAACUGCUGCGCCAAACUGAGACGGUCUGCUGCUACGGGAGCCAAUCAUCCCUUCACAAGGUGCACGCCACCAGCACCGUGGCCUCCCAGACGAGUCCGGCCGGCUUGGCGGAACACGAUCACGAGCCGGCCUCUGCGGGGCCCACGGAGCAGGACCGUCGGCGUGCCGCCAGCAGUCCCGCCGAUCUUUCGUCCGCCGGACUCCGGAGAAAUUCCGAUCCAUCUGCCAGCGGAAUUGCGGCAAUCGGUACUACGCACGGUCACUCUGACUCGCCGAUCCUGGGUGAGUUUUCGCCUGACUACGAAGAACUGAUACCGACCAUCGAGCGGAGCGACGUCGGCUCCACCAGCUACCGGCGCGACUUGAGACGGGUUCGCCCGGAAGAGGAUCACUCCGAUGCGGGCUGCACUCUCGACCGGUCCACCAGCAGCCUUGGGUGCCGCGACUGUCGGCGCAAGCGGAACAAGAGAAAGCGAAAAACGAGACGCCACAAGCUGGCCAGCCUGUUCUGCAUCCGUCGCCACGAUGAAUCGGUCUGA